AUGCAAUCGUCUGAUGAUGUUGAUGCAAAAUGGGUGAACUCGAUGAAGACGGAAGGAAGUUCGGAAAUAGUUGGUUAUAUAAAUGAACACGCAAAAGCGGCAGGCCGUUACAAGAUAACAUUGCUUGUAGAAGAUCCCGGAUUGAAUACUGAAAGUCUUAUUUCGACAAAUGAAGAAGAAGAUUUCACAGAAGAACAAAUUGCGCCACAAAGAAUCAAGAGAAAGUCGUCUAAAGAACUAUCUAAUGGGCCAUCUUUGACAGAGGCCGAUGAGCAAUUUCUUGUUGAUAAAGCUGAGAAAAGUCUGAUCGAGGCCUACAAGGAUUGUCAAACAUCAAAGAAAACUGGAGCAGAGUUUGAUGACUGCAUUGAUAAAGCACAGAAAAUGACAGAACAAGAAAUCACCUCUUCUUUGAAUAAUGAACAGAAGUGUGGCGGAGCCGAGCUAGAAAAGUGCAAGGAUAGAAUUCAGAAAAAGGCGGUUUCUACCAUUCCGUUUUCAAUUCCUGUCGAAAAAUCGUACUCUGGAGUGAUGGCAGCAAAAUACGGAAACGUUAGGAUUGGAAUGAUUCUUGCAAAACAUUUUGAUGGCUGCUACCACGGACAGAAUAAGAUUGCUCUACUUCUGAAAUGUUUGAAAGAGGGCGAGCAAAAGUCCCCGAUUAAUGUUGCUUUCGACAAAAUUGCGGAGCAACUGGAAGAAAAUUGUACGCGAGAUGGGACUAGCGACUGUAGAAGCGGUUUAGUAAAUUACGUCAACGUCUUGUUACACGAUUCCAUCAAAGCUAUCUUAGAAAUCUACUGCAAGAACAAGGAGACGGAUAACAAAUGUUUGGAAAAAAUUAAGAAUAUCCCUGCAGAUUAUUCGAAAGGAUUCGAUAUAUCGUCAAAUCAUCAGCCCAUUUCACUAGAAGCCAUCAAAACUACCGGCUACGGAGACAUCGAAUUGGGUAAAAAGCUCUCUGAUGACGCUGCAAAAUGCAAAAAAGAGAAAAGCAGUGUUACAUUUAUCGAGUGUUUGUCACAAGUGAUAGAGAAGUCAUCUACGAAAAAAUCAAUUGCGGAAGGAGUGUCUAAAACCUGUAAAGGGAAUGAAAAAGAAGACUUUUGUCGGCAAAAUGGCAAAACAACUGUCGAAAAAACUUUGAAAGAAGCAGUUAAUGCUCUUUUGACAAACUAUUGCGGGAAAACGUAUAAGAAAGAGCGAUUGUAUCAAUCGUGCUUGAUGACAAACAUGGAUCAGAUUUCUAAAGAUGUUCAGCUUCCUGCUGCUGAAAUCGACUUCGAACCAGAGCUGUCUUUAAAGCCAAUUGUGACGGAAAAAAAGUAUGGAGCAAUUGCAAUUGGUUCGAUAAUCGAAAAAAGUGCGGGAAGUUGUGUGGAAAACAACAAGAAACUGACAAAAAUAGCUUUCUCAAGUUGUUUGGGAGACUCUAAUACCGCUGCUUUAAAAGGGGCUAUGGAGGAAAUUUCAAAACAACUGGCGAGUCAUUGUGCAAAGAGUCCAAAAUCAGAGCGAGAAUGUAGAAACGAAGGGGAAUCAUCAGUUGAAUUUUCACUUGAGCAAGCUAUUAAAUCGUUGAUUCUGAUGUUUUGCAAAGCUAAUUCGCCUAAGUACCAAUUUGAUUAUGAUACUUGUAUAGAUGGCAGAAUCUCGGUCUCCAAAACUAUUGCUGCAGGUUUCGAAGUUCCUUUCAAGUUUCUUGAUGAGGUUCCCCUCUCCGAAAUAAUUAAGGACGAGAAUGGUCGAAUUGAGAUAGGCGCCACUCUGAAGAAAGAAGCUGAUCUAUGCAAAACCCCCAAUCCUCAAACACGCGACCAGUAUUUCAAUUGCUUGAAAGGAAAACCUUUGCAAACCGCUUUGAUCGAAUUAGCGGAGAAACUGGCUGCUCAUUGUGGAAAAGGUGAAAGAACACAUGUGAAAACGUGUCGGACCAACGGCAAAGCUGAAGUGGAAGCAAAGCUGAAAAAUAGUAUCGAUGCCGUUUUGACCAACUUUUGUCGAGAAACCUUCCCAAAAGCACAAAACGAGUAUAAGGAGUGUCUGAAUUUCGAUGGAGCUGUCUUGGAACCUCUAUCAAAAAUCGUCAACUUUCCUGCCACAAUCUACGCUCCAAUCGAUAUGCUCAAGUUCAAAACAAGUGACGAUCACGGUGAUAUCAAAAUAGGUGAAGUUCUCCAAAACUCCGUCAAUUCAUGCAAAGGAAAGACGGCACUCAAAGAGUAUUUUGAAUGCAUAAAGGGAGCUGAUGGAGCACAAACUUCUCCCUGGCUAGAUGUUACUGGCCAAAUUUCAAAGGAACUAGCUGAUCUGUGCGGGCAGAAACAAAAAAUUAAAGACUGUAGAAACACUGGAAGAGUGGAAGUUAAGUCUGAACUGAAAGAAGCAGUUGAAGCACUUCUAUUAAAUUUUUGUGGUCAAAAUGCUGCCAGCAGUCAACAAGUUUACGAUAGCUGCACAUCGGAUGGAGACUCUUUAGGGAUUGCACUUGAUAAAGUCAUCGAUCUUCCUAUCAGUAUACGUCAGGAGGUUUCUCUACCGUCGCUUGUAAUUGCUAAAUAUGGUGACAUCCGUAUUGGCGAAAUUGUUCAAAACCAAGCAGAAACAUGCAAGAACAUGAAGACAUUCGAUGAAAUCGUUGAUUGUCUGAAAACGUCAAAAGGUUCUCAACCAUCUCCUUCGAAAUCUGCUAGAGAUUCCGUUUCGGAAAAAUUUGCUGAUUUUGCUAUAAAACAUACGUUUGGAGACGGCGAUUGGAAAAAAGGAGUAGCAGAAGUUCAGAUGGAAUUUGAAAAGACUAUUCAAGCUGUAUUUUCAAACUUUUGUCGUGAAAAUGUCAAUUACGAUCAAGACAAUUACGUCGAAUGUUUGGAUGAUGGAUUGAAGCGUUCACAAGAAAUGUCCCGAGAGUUCUCUCCAAUCGACCUCUUCUUACAAUGUGGUUCUAAAACGACCAUUGAUGAUUUCAAUCAAUGUAUUGAUGGUGCAAACAGUCACCGUCUCAGUUUAUGGACUGUCGGGUGUGCUUCCAUUCCCAGAAAGAAAGAAUGCAUCGAUGAAGCUACAGAAAGUUCUCGCAUAAUAGCAAACGUUGCAAAAAUCGCAGCUAAACUCGUCAGUUGUGAAGACACGCAGUGUGUUCAGACAGAAAAGCAGAAGGUGACCGAUUCAUUUGCUAAAAACAUUGAAAAAUAUUGUAAAGUGCCAUGUAAAGAUUCGGAAGCAAAAGUUGAAGCUGCAAUGAUCAAGUUGUUACCGGAUUGUUCGGCGUAUCCAGAAAACUUAAAAUGUCGAGCCGGUUUCUCUCUCGCACUCAAAGAAGACGUAGGAUGCCAGAGUCUCCCGAAAGACUUCGAAGUUUGUGACGAGUUCUGUGGUGCAAUGGAAAGAACAAAAGUCGACGAUGGUUUCACACCAUUGGAAAUUUGUCUUAUUGUUCUCAAUUUUAUUGCGUUUCUAUGCCUUUGCUGCAUCAUCGGCUACAAGUGCAGGAAAACCCGGAAAAGUAAAAAGCCCGCAACUACAGUGAUCAAUUCUAAUGAAACGAAUUUGGAGACAGGUCAAGCAGUAGAUGUCAAACUUACACCGGGCGUGGAAAAGAAAGAAGAGAAGAUCGACGAGACAGGAGUUCAAGAAGCAAGAGUUCAAGAAGAAGGAGUUCAAGAAGAAGGAGUUCAAGAUGGCACUCCAGCUCUCGGGAACAAUCCGGAACUCGAAAGAAUGCGUGACAAGCUUAAACAAACUCAAGACAAUCUUAGAUUAUUGAGAACACACGCGAAUAAGUGUGCAGAAGAACACAAGAAAGAUCUCGCGAAUAAGUUCACACCUAUGGGACCGAUUUACAUUCCGUCGGAACCAGAGGUUCCGCCUCCAGCUGAUAUUCCCUCGUCCAACAUUUCACUGACCAAUGUAGCUUGGAAAGAUUCAUUAAACGAGUUAUGGGAAGUUGGUUCCGAUGUAGACGACAUUGAGCUGGAUCCAGACUUUGUCUUGAAUCCAGAUUCAGUCACUGAAGACGAAACUAGCCAAAAGAGUGGUAAAUCUAAGAGUAGUUCAAAGAGUAAAAGCAAGGAAAGCAAGAAUAGCAAGAAAAGCAAGAAAGUUCCAUCGACUUCUGGUACUGGACCAUCUAUUCCUGGCCGUCUUUCUGUUUCGGCACCUGCUCUAAUUGCUACCGCCGCUGAAAAACCGAACGCCUCUGAAACAAAGAAGGAACAGAGCAAGAGCAAGUCAAAAUCUCGAGAAUCUUCUGCUGAACCGAAAGAAUCAUCUGCAUCAUCAUCUGUUCCACCGGAAAACGAACCGUCUACUUCGGGAUUUCCUUCUGGUUCGGCGCCUGUUCCAUCUGCUCCCGCCGGUGAAAAACCGAACGCCUCUGAAACAAAGAAGGAGCAGAACAAGAGCAAGGAAUAG